GGUAAUGGCUUUGGUCCUGAUUUUUGCUCAGUAUUGUUGGCCACCACACACAGUUCCAGUAUCCAGUACAAUUUUGCUAAUGGGUACAGGCAGCCUUGAGUAUGUUUUGUGUCUGGUUGGCAUGUAAAAUGUUUGGGGAGGAGUAUUCCAUGUGCAAGCUUGAAUGGGCUAGCUUUUAGGGUUUUUGGUGGGUUAAGCAUCAGAUUACAGCAGCCUGGUCCCCAAACCAACUUUUGGAGAACUAGUUGAUGUGCAGGUUUUUUGCACACAAUUGAUUUCAGAUAAUGGGCAUGGCUUGCCUGACUGUCCCUUAAGGACCAUUAUUCUUCUUCCAUCAGUGAUACUAUGUGAGAUGGGUGUGUUCCCUCUAUGGCUCUGAAAUGCAUUCUAAUAAAAAGAUAAAUUUCCUCCUUGCAAUCUUGGGCUUUGGGUGUUCCUUAUUCUGGGAAGGGAUUUAAAGCUGUCUGCCAGACCCGUGGGCUGUUAAAACAAGACAGUGCCACAAUGCUGAGCUCAGGCCUGCGAAUUCCGCCCCUCCUCCUCCUGUUGCUCACAGCCAUGGAGCUGAGCUGGUCCCUUAUAGAGGAGGACAAGAAGCUGAUUGUGGACCUGCACAAUCAGUAUCGAUCAAAGGUUUCUCCUCCAGCUGCAGACAUGCUGAAAAUGAGCUGGGAUCCAGAGCUGGAAACUUUUGCCAAAGACUAUGCAACAAAAUGCAUCUGGGAACACAACAAGGAGCGUGGCUGGCGAGGCGAGAACCUCUUUGCCAUGACUGGUGACUUGACUGUGAAGACAGCAGUGGAAGACUGGUACAAUGAGUACCAGCAUUAUAAUAUGACCACGUUAACAUGUGCAGAAGGGGAGAUGUGUGGCCAUUAUACCCAGGUGGUCUGGGCAAGCAGCAAGCGUGUUGGCUGUGGGACAGAGUUCUGUAAAACCCUGGAAGUUCUGAAUGAAACCGAUAUGCACUUGCUGGUCUGCAACUAUGAGCCACCGGGGAAUGUAAAAGGUCGUAAGCCUUACGAGGAGGGAUCACCAUGUUCCAUGUGCCCUGAUGGCUAUUCCUGUGAGGAUUCUCUCUGUGUGUCUAGUGGUGACUUGGAAGGAACCACUGCAUCCCCCGGGCCUACAGGACUGGAACCAACUGCCAUCAUGACCACAAGUCCCAAAUCCAUCUCCAUCACAACAGGUCCAGCAUCCGCCACAUCAGAAAGUCCCCAACCCCUUACAGAAGCAGAAACUGAAUUUCCCACAACCAAAGGGCCAGCCUCUUCCCUAGAACCAACUUCAGACCUAGGCCUUAGAACAUCUCCUGAGUUACAGACAAAAGGAACUGAGGCCGCUUUUGCAACAGGGUUUACACCUCACACAAACUUGGACCCCACUCCUGCCUCCCCAGAAACAGAAACUACACAAGUCUCCUACUCAGAACUUCCUUCAUCAGAUGAUUUAAUCACUUCUGAAGCCAGCAUGAAAAAUGUUGAGCAGCCUCCAAGUACUGAACCUGUGCACUCUAGUCCUAAGGCACUGCCUACCACUAAAUUGCCUCCCACUCCUAAGAGGCCCUCCCCUUCUAAACUGCCCUCCCCCCAUAAGCCACCAUCUCAUCCUAAGCCUGCCUACCAUAAACCUCCCCCUCCCCUUAAACAUACCCCCAUUUCUAAAUCACCUGCAAGCUAUCGUUUGGCAGCAUAUUCCAAAGCAAUAAAAAGGCUCAAUCAUGUUGCUCAGUCCUCUUUAGGAAAGACAGCUCACAUCUCUGUCUGUCUGCCCUGCCUUGGUUGUAAACAAAUUAGUCAACCUGAAGAAAUAAAGACUGCUCUUAAAGAGCUAACUUUCACAAACCCCAACACUUCUUGCUUUUCCCCACUUCCCCGAUGGCGGAGACAUAGUAAAUGCCGCUGGUGUGGACGAACCUGGAGCCAUGCACUUACGAGGGCCAGCCCCUAUUGGCUGAAGAGUUUAUAGCACUAUGCAACCAAAUGUAUUUAUGUGCAGUGUUCUUCAUCUCUGCAUGUAUAUGCAUGUAUAUGUGUGUCAAUGUGCAUGCAUGUAUUUUCCUUUCUGCGCUUACGUGCACAUGCCAGUUUGAGGGCCAAGCCCUGUGAGACUCCCAGUACCAGAAGACUCUUCUGUUACUUGUACAAAGCUCUCUCAAACAGUCAGGCAUGCAACAAUGCUGAAGGGUUUUGUUGGGAAAUCUAGUGUAUUUCCAUAGCUUCCAUGUUGUUCUCAGUUCCAGAGAGUGG